AUGUUCUCUAAAAAAUUUAUUUUACUUUUGCUUGUAAAUAUUUUUCUUAUAAUUUCAAUAAGGGCAAUACCACAUCACAAAUUUCUUGAAUUUGCCAAAGUUGAUGUUGAUAUUUACGAUUACGAAAAUGACGAUUCGGCGAUCUUGGUAGAAGUUAUAGAUGUAGUUGGUGUUGAUAAUAGCAACGAAAACGAUGGAAAUUUUGAAGAUCUUGAAAUUUCUCCUUCAUUAGAAGAUUCAAUGAUCACAGGAUAUCCAAUUGCCGAAAAUGAAGAUAACCCACUUGCAAAUAUUUUCACGGGAAUUUCAUGUGUUAUGGUUUCACUUAUAAUACUUGCCAUUAUGUCAGAAUAUCAUUAUGUUCCUUCCACUUCUUAUAACGACGAUGAAAAGAAAUCAGUGAUCGAUGUUCAAAAUUAUGAAUAUAAAGAUGAUAACGAUAAAGGCGAUGACGGUAAUAUUAACAAUUCCAAAUCAUCUGUCAUUGAUAAUAUUACCAGCACAACUAUUUCCGAUAAUACUACGAAUGCAAGUACCACUACCACAACAGCAACUACUGAUAUUAGUAACGACAAUAAUUUCAUCACCACCGCUAUCGAUUCUAAUGCUAGCAUGAGAGCAAUUUAUGGUGAAAGUUACAAUAGUAGUAACAACAACACCAAUUCCACAUUAAAUGAUCAAACCAAUGAAACAACCGUUUUCGAAUACGAUAUUCUUAUAGAUGAACCUUCUGAAUCCUUACCAUCUUCACCAACAACACCAUUGGAUCUACAUUUAUCGUCUUCCAUUGAUGCUGACAUUACAACAACACAAAGUACACCAAAUAAUUUUAAUUUGGCAGCUAAUCCAACCAGCACUAUUUUUAACACGAAAUCAAAUAAGAAUAUUUCUGAACAAAAUCCACAAAUAAAGUUUUUAAUAGGUGUUGGAGCCGGUGUCGUUUUAAUCGUGAUUGCAGGCCUUGCAUUUUUUUUCGUGAAUCUUAAACGAAGAAACAGUAGUAAUAAUGGUAAAACAAUUCAACAACUUAAAAGGUCUACUUCAAGUGGCGACUGGAAAAGAAAAUCAAAAAUAACUUUUAAGGAUACCGACGAAAAACAAUAUCCAUCAGAAUCAACAGGGUUUAUAGAAAGUGAGUCAUUGCCAAAACCAAAAUCAGUCGACCUCUCCACUUCCAUCACCAUUACUCAACAAAAAGAUGAAAGUGAAAAAAUACCUGAUUUAAGCAGUACAUCUGAUAGUGGUGUUAGUGACAUUCCCUUGCAAAUAAAUCCCAUCGGAUCACCUCGUGAACACUCCUCGCCAAUUUAUUCAGGUAGAAAUUCACCAUACCAUUCACCUAGUCAUUCAGGUGAUCAAUUAGAUAAAACAUUGUAUCUUGAAAGUAUUGGUCCGAUGUCAGGUUCCACUGGAUUACAAACGGAUACGAGCCCUAGAGAAACAACAAGACCUCGUACUCAACCAUACCAAAUAAUGACAUCUAACGAUCCUAAUAUUCCUUUUCGACAUAGCAUAUCUUCUGUUCCCCUUCAUCAUCAAAUAGAUACGGACGCAAGUUCUAGAGAAACAACGAGACCUCGCCCUCAGUCAUACCAAACAACGUCAUCUAGUGAUCCUUCCGAUGUUUCUUUUCGACACGACAUAGCUUCUAUUCCCUCAGGUUAUCAUCAACAACAGCAACAACAGGCUGAACAUCCAUCUCCUAGUCCAGCUCUACCAGGUGCUACAAGACUUUCACGUAGUAGUGCUUCACGUGGUUCUAGAUCAUCCAAUAAUCCGCCUAGUACACAAUCACCUUCUCCUUCUCGAUAG